GCGACGUAUCUGCUGCGUCACCGAUUGGCCUCGGCGCCGAGACCGCGGCUUCUGAUUGGCAGCCGUGCAGCGCGCUUGCCUGUUGCUGCUAUGUCCGCGGUAACGCCUGAGCGGCAGUUGCUGCUGCUGCUUCUGGGCGCCGUCCCGGCAGGUCUUCGCCCACGGCCGCGGCUGCUUAUUGGGCCUGCUGGUUCAGGCCGUUCGGCACUAUUGUUCCGCGCUGCGCUAGUGGCCGCUUCCUCCUCUCCGGGUCGGGUGCUGUUCCUGGCGCCACGGCCUCUGGAGCGCCUGCCGGCCGGGGACUCAUCCAGAGCUGAAGCCGGAGCGAUCCAGAGAAUCCACUUCCUGUACCCUCCAUCAUUCCAGGAGCUGCUUCAGCUGGCGGCGUCCCUACAUGAAACCUUGUCUGGCACCCUCUCCCUAGUGGUUUUGGAUGGCUUGGAGGAAUACUUGGGCAGCUGUUCUAGCCCAUCUAUGGCAGCUCAGCUUGUUGCGUUGCUGCUGGACACUGCAAAUCAUUUCAGCCAGAAGCUCACCAUGGAAUCUGCUGUAGGCUGCCAUCUUAUUAUUUCCAUGAGGUUCUCUGGAGAAGCUGGGGAACAGGCAGAGUAUCUCUCAGUGAUUGAACGCUACUUCCCAGCCCAGUGUUGGCUGCAUCCAGUUGCAGGGGAGAAUGCUGGUUCAGAUAGCCAAGACAUCACCAAGCUGAUUAGAGCAUGUCUCUCCCAGCCGUGGACUAAGGAUCAAGAAUGGCUGUUGAGAUUUGAUCCACAAGGUGGCAUGAAGAUUUCUCUGCUUCCAUGCAAAUGUGAAGAUGAUGCAUGUACAGUUUCAGGGAACAAUAGACCUCCGGAGGCUGAAGCCCACCCCAUUGUACCCAGCUCCCAAUCUUAGACCUCUGAUAGUGCUUAGCUGGGUUAUUUUGGUGUUCAGAUUAUCAACUACUUCUGGACAGUUCCAUGACCUAUAGCAAACGUCCCCUUCUUAAGUGAUAACAUCUUCCUAUUCUGUUUUUUUUUUUCCAAACUUUGAUUGGGCUAGGAUGUUGCUUCUCUUCAUAAAUAGGAAACUCUGAUGCCGGAAUGUAGAAUAUUUUUGGUUGCUUGCACUGGAGACUGGCUGUAACCCUGUCUGAAACUGUGGAAUGCACCUUUCCAGCUUUGCUAAUUACAACGAGAGCUCUGGAAGGAAACAUUGCUAAAAGCUCAGAAAAUAGAACAUGGAAAGAUUAAAUCUCACACUUGUGCUUUUCAUUUCAACUUUUAAAGGCAAUUGUAUGGUUUGAGGGAAAUAGUUUUCAGAGCAUGAGCUGGGCCUCUCAAGAAAGAUGCAGACAGUUGCCUGUGGGGUGGGUGGGCAUAAAUGCCUUCUAACUCAUCCCACUGUGCUCUCUUGACUAAAGAGUGAGAGCGCUCCAUAUGCCACUGCCUCCUUGUAAUCACCUUUAUAUUGAUUACUGUUGCUGAGAGCACAAACAGUGAAAAGGAGCAAUAGUGUUGUUCUUUUCCACAAAUUUUUGACAUUUAUUGUUUUCCUUCCAAGAUUAGGCCAAAAUAUCUGGUGCCUUGACUCCAAAACUCAAACAGCAGUACCUGGAUGCAGGGGAAAGCACUGGUUCCAUUCUCACCACCACAAAUACGCACAUGCGUGCACCCACACACAUAUUAACAUAGAGCACAGUCCACUGGGAAGUUCUCCCACACAAACCCUGUUGAAGUGGAACAAGAGGCUUACUGCAGAGAUUGAACUCUUGUACUUUGUGCACGCAAAGCAGGUGUGCUUUCCACUGAGUUGUGGCCCAUUGUUUGUACACAUUCAGUUCACCCAUGUAGUGAAAGUAAACAGUAGGGAUUUAAUUUUGGCACACUGCUCCCAUUGUUGCCCUGCACUGGUCCUUGUGCUUGUCUUCACUACAGACAAUUUCAGUGUGUGUGUGUGUGUGUGUGUGUGUAAUUCUGUGUAAAAAAUUAAUAAUUAUGAUGUCUCAUGCUGUGGCUGCAACUGUUCACAGCAAGAUGCAGCUGCUGAUUCAAACAGUUAGAUACCAGUGUGUUUUAAGGAAUAUUUGCUUAAGACUUAUCACUCUAAAGUGCCUGAUCUCACUUCCGGGAAGGGUGACUUCGCUUGUGCCUGCUUUUGAGACGGGCUCCUGCCUCAAAAGAAGCUUAUUCAGAUAUAAAUCAGUCAGAACAUUUUUUUUUUGACUGAUGAAAUUUCUCCCAGGCAGGGAGAAACGUAGAGAUCAACCUCAAAAGCCUGUUUUUGUUGGGAGGACUGGAUUUCAUUAAUUUAUGAGAAAAGGUCCAGCUAGCAAUGCCGGACGGACUUCCGAACAAGCUCUAUCUGAUUAAUGCGAUACGUUUAUCUUUUCUUCAAAGAGAAAACGGACUAACAGGCAAGCACCCUUCUUUCUAUUAUUUUUUUUACUUGGUUUAAAUUGUUGCAGCAAAAAGAGAUUUGUCAAAUGAAUCAGCUUUAAAGAACUUCUGGGUGAGCUAUAACUCUUCUCUGUUAUUCACGAAAUUAACAGCUUAUCUCUGUUUCUAUUGCAAAAAGCUGUCCUGGAAGUGCAUUCUAAAGAUAUAAACAGAAGAGGGAUUUCUAUUCCGAGGAACAUUAUAUUGUCUGGGACUAUUCUCUUUUUGGUCUAUUUUAUUUUGACGAAUCUGCUUCUUCACGACGCCACUAACUGUUUUGAUGCUGGGAACUAAAUUUGUUUUGUAUUCUUGAACAUAGAGAGAUAAGGCAGGCUGCUCUGUUUAUACUGUGAUGUCAUCAAGCCUGGAAUAUUAACCCAAUUGUUGCUGAAAUAAGAAGUGGUUCUUCUUUAUUUUUGUUUUGUUUUGUUUUCGUGGUUUUAAAAAUGGCAAUCAAGAAAGUGGCUGAGAAUCUGGAAGUAAUUAUGUUUCAGAAAAUAAUGGAUGAGAUUGAGAUAACGAAACAAACCCUGCGACAGAGCAGUAAGGAGCUGAAAAUUGAACUGAGCAAAAUGACGCAGGAGCUUAAAGAAAUAGGGGAUCCUGUGAGAGAGGAGAAUGAGAUCAGAGAUGAGAAAAGAAAAAAUAAAGGGAAGAUACAAGCCCUGGAGAUUGGAACAAAUGUGGAAUUGGAAAAAGAUCUGGAGUUUAUGGAUAUUAGAAAUAAAAUCUACUGUUUGGAAUUUAACGUUAUCUCUGAAGAAAUUAAUGAAGAUAUUAGAGAUAAAGUUAUCAAUGGCUUGGAUAAUCUUCUGGACUGGAAUGACGUGAUGGAGCUUGAUAUAGAGAAAAUCUAUGGAAUUAACUGCAGCCAUGUGACAAUGGAAAAACUCUCAAGAGAUGAGCCAGUGCAUUUUGUAAAAAAGAAGA